GAUUUGAGUUCAUUUCUACGUGGUGACAGCAGAAUAAAGAUGGAUUGAUUUGACAUCAAAUAAUGGAGCAGUUUUCUAUACUUUUCAGUAGCUCUGAAAUCUGUCUGCGGCUGUUUGGUUUUUCUGCAGCAUUUUACUCAAAGACUACAAACAGGGAUCAGCCUCUCAUAGUUCUCGUGUUUUGUCAUUACUGGAGGCAACACAGCACAGCCUCCCUCCACUGCAGAUUUUCACAGCUCCGGUCACUAACAUUUGGUAGCAGCAUGAGGAUCAGUACCGCAUCUGAACGGACUGGAGAGAUCAUCGUUUUAAGUCUUCAGCAUCAGUUUUCACCUCAGAUCACCCCGCAAACAUGCGGAACAAAACAACAGGUCUGAGGUCUGUGUUUCUGAUGAAUCAUUCAGGCUGUAGGUUUAGUUUUUGAUCAAGAUCAUCGGGACUGAACCCAGUUUAUGGUAUAUGACUUCCUCAUAUUGAUCAAUGCGGGAAAACCGAAAUUCUACCAAGUUUGUGAAUCGAGUUGUGUAUACGUUGAGUAUAAAGUAAGCUGUGAUGGCCGAGUGGUUAAGGCGUUGGACUCGAAAUCCAAUGGGAUAUUCCCGCGCAGGUUCAAAUCCUGCUUACAGCGAUUAAUCGAUUGAUUUACGCUUUAAUGAUUUCAACAGGUAGUCAUAACAACUCCUAGAUCCAUAUUUCGACUUGUAGGAUAUCGAGACACAACCAUAAACAUCAUCAUGGACUACAGGGUGGUUACUGUGGCGCAUUGUUAGUGCGCAACGAUCGGUAUUGCAACACAGCGUCUCCGAUAUCCUCAGUAUUUAGUCCGUGAUCAUUUUAUUACUUAAAAUGCAGUCAUCGCUUUAGCUUUUGAUUGGAAAAGAGGAGACUAUUUCAGUGGCAUCAACAUAUCGCGAGAAUAGCAAGAAUCCCUCAGAGCUGCGUCCAGCACAGGUGACUGUUAAUUGAUAGUCUGAGCACGUGGAGGGGGCUACAUCUCGAAAAGCACACCCUACAAGGUUCGUGGGAGUUUUUUUUUUAACUUUCUUGUGAAUCUUCCCCUGCUGUAAUGAGAGGAUUUGACAUUUCAGUCUCAGUAAAGAUCACUCUUUUUCCCUCCUAAUGUAACACAGACAAGGAAACAUGCCAGUGAACAAUAACCAGGUGAGUGCAUUAAAGACGAGAUUUAAUCGCUUUUAAUCGACUCAAGGGUAGUUAUAUAAUUUAGAGUAAUGCUGUUUAAGUGUUUAUCACUUACUCUCAAUGAGCUUUAUUUUGUUCCUAGACCAAAAAUUGAUAUCCUGAGCCUUUUGCAGCAUACCCCCUCCUUGGUCACAUGCAGGAACACACUUUUUACCAUCUGGGAAAACUCCACAGACAGACCAUACUCUCUCUAACUUGCACCAGACAUCAAACACAAAUACACCUCCACUGAAUAAACAUGACACUGGCUCAGGACAACCUUGUCUUAUGCUUCAUUAUUUAUGUUCAUUGUUGCAUACUGUAGUAAGUGUUCUGAGAUUCCAAGGGAAAUCUCAUUCUGCUGUACAAAAUGACAGUCUGAUUUGACUUGAUAGUUUGUGACAUGCACUUGACUUAUUUGUCUCUCCUGUUAUCCUGCAGAAGUUUCAGAGUGCAGCCUCCAGAUUGGCCAAUCUGCCCCUGGUUCGCUCGGCUUGCAGCAGACUGUCAGUGUUGUAUAUUGACACUAAAUGCAGCAAUCCUAACCUGAAGUCUGUGUGUGAGGUGCUUGAGAGCAGUGUGACAGCAAUAAGCUUAGCGGCAUGUGACAGAGUGACACCUGUCAUGGUUAAACUGGGACCUCAGAGUGAGUAGUUUCACAAACUCUUAAAUGGAUAUUCCGGCGUGAAAUUAAGUUAGGGUCAAACACGCCGAAACACCAAGUUAGACACCCCCAAGAGAGAUGAAUGUUUGUUGCCGACCCCUUGCUUCUUCAGUUAUACCAACUUUGGUAACGACCGCACGAUAGCAAUACACAGCGGUCUGAGGAGCCGUGCGCUCAACCAAAACACCACUCUAUAUUCACAAAUAAUGCUCAGAACAGCACCUAACUUCGUCAACAAUAUAUAUAUAGGGUCACAGCCACAGUACUAGCCACCAAACAUCUUUUUAACUUUGCCGGAUUUCUUUAGCAAAGAGACUAAACACAACUCACCUACUGUCUUCCAGCAGCUGUUUGUUUGUAGCGAGACCUCGGGUGAGUCCAUCGACUGCAGCGGGGUGACACAGCUCAAGGAAGAACAUUUAUGAUCAUUUCUUUAUCAUUUCCUUGAAGUAAUAAUCAUCAUAUUAAUCGUUUGGAACUGCAGACGCGGUAGUUCUUCUGUCUUAACGUCUCGGCCUGAUCGUAUUUCCAUGAGGAAAUAAUCAACAUUCACUUUUUGAGGGGGUGUCUAACUCAGUGUUACGGUGUGUUUGACCCUAACUUAUUUUUAUGCUGGAAUAUCCCUUGAAGUUAGUAUGGUUUGUACUGCUGUCCUUGUUCAGACUUUGGAUCUAGAGCCAUGGAUGCCCAUCGCAUUUUUAGUGACUAUAGUCUCUAUGGGUUCUUUUAUGUCUGUUGUUUUUCGAGGUUUGAAUAGACUACAGGUGCUUCUCAAAAAAUGAGAAAAUCUCAAAUGCUUUUUAAAAUAAAUAAAUUGAUUGUGUAUCUUAAUUCAUUAUGGGUAAAACAUUUAAAGCAUUUUUUGAGGAGCACUGGAGAGUAUGCCAAUGUUGCUGCAUCAUAUUCCUCUUGACGAUACCUCAUAGAUUCUCUGAGAUUCAGGUAAGGCAAGUUGGCUGCCUAAUCAAGCACAGUAUUGUCAGCAAACCAUUUGGUAGUAGUUUUGGCGCUGUGGGCAAGGGACAGGAAACUGACAUCUCCAUAAAGCUCAUCAGCAGAUGGAAGAAUGAAGUGCUCUAACCUCUCUUGGAACAACAGAUGACAUGGCUCCCCAGAUAAUAAAUCAUACAUGUUUCUCAUGAUUUGUGCUCACUUUUGAGAUGCACCUGGACUUGAUAGCGCAAGUUAGGUUAGAAGAAAAUAUGUGUUAUGCAUUGAUAACUGGCUUUACUUAAAAUCAUCAUGGUACGAACAAUAGGAUAACACAAAUAACAUGUAAAUCACACGACUGUAAUUUCUGCUGUAUGAAGACUGCAAAUAAAUAUUAUUUCCACAGUUUCCAUUGCGAAUGAUGUUGCGUGUAGAAGUAUUGACUGGCUGGAGACUACAUUUCCAGUGCUUCAUGCACCAACAGAUCAGGUGAAAUCCUCUUAUCUUUAAAAAUCUUCAUGAGCUAUAUAAAAUUGCACAAACCUCCACAUGCAGGAAAUAGAAGCAACCAUCAUCUCUCCUAUUGUUUCCACUGCAGGUUGUUGCCACUGCCAGGGCUAAGAUGAAUAAGAUCCAGGAGGGGGUGAGUGUUGCAGCUAAUGGGACUGUGGAUACAGUCACAUGGCUGGUGAGGAGGAUGCAGCAGGUGGAUGAGCAGGCCAACCAGUCACUUACAAGGAGAGCCUUUCAUGUUGCCAGCGUAGGACUAGACUCUGCUCUGAUCAUGUCAGAGAGCCUGGUGGACCAUGUGCUUCCUCUCUCAGAAGAAGAUAAAGGUGUGUGGCAUAAAGCAAAGUGGCAGAGGACAAAGUAGAAGAAAAAAAAGAUUUAAGCUAUCCUCUGUUUGAAUCCAUAGAAGCAGAAGCUCGCCUGUUAGGGGGUUUUGAGGUGGCCACACUCACAAGGAGUUAUCACGCACGGCUCCUCUUGCUCGGUGCAAGGCUGUGCAGGAGGACUUACCACGUGGUUCAGUCUGUUCAGGUGUGUUGUGGGAAAUUAAUUCUUUCACUCGUCCACCUUAAGGGUGAGAGGAUUAAAAUCUUUCUAAAAUAACGUUAAAUAAUGAUCAUCAAAGACUCUGCUUGCUUGCCAUCAGGCCACUGGCAGGGAAAGCGAACCAUCCAAUCAAGAUCGAACAGAUUUAUCACGGUUCAGAAAUAAACACAGGCUUUUUUUUUGAUUGGUUUGAAACAAAUUUCUGUGCUUAUUAAAACAUGCAUUCAAGAUGAAUUUUGUACUUAACUAACUUAGAAGCAACAGGCUGUUUUGUUGUCUGGUGCUGCAGGUGAUAAAGCGUUUCUGCUUCAUGCUAUCAUACUGGCUGGCAACAGAACAGCAACUGGUAUUGGUGAUAUUUAUCUUAACUGGGCAACAAAGUGAAAAUGCACAUUUAUCCAAAUCAUGGUUAUAGCUGAAAGAAAAUCCAACUUUUUGAUUUAAGUGUUUGGAGUUUUACUUAAGGAUAUUUCUUAGCAGCCACUAUAUCUUUUAGUGCUUAUGAGGACACUUGAAAAACAUAUGUAACAUUAGCUUCAUAUUACAGUAUGUUAUAAUGCAACUCCUGCCAAGAUUUCAGCUAAAGCUGUUAUUUUUUUCUAUUUUGAUACGAUGCCCUGACUAAAUAACAGCUUAAUAAAAUGUAAUACUACCUUUUCUCUUCAUCAACAGUUGGGAAGUUUGUCCCGGCCUUCAGGUCUGGUCCAGGACCUUCACACCAGCUGGCUGACCUUGUCCUCCAGCGUCCAGGAGCUGCCUCAGUAUCUGCAGCAUCAGCUUGUGUCUGUGCUCCUCUUUAUCUCGCAGAUUUACGGCUUAAGCUGCCCACAACCCCAUCAGCAACAGCCCAGUCGAGAUGCAGCGCGCCUCAAUGUGGCUGAGACCUCAACCCAAAGGGACAUGGUGCCGGUUCACUCCAGAGCCACACCCACUCACAGGGCAAGGACAAAAAUGGCAACAAAAAUGUCUCCUUUUGAAAAUGGUUGUAAUGUUAAAGGGUGUGUUCGACGUUGACCAAGAGUUAUACUUGUUUAUGGUGUGUAUUCACUUUGCCUAAAAUAAAUGUUCAAGAUUCAUCCACUUAAA